UGCGUGCCGCCCGCCAGCAUGGCUCCGCCGCAACGCCGGACCUAGCGCCGGGCCGCCCGCGGGAGGCUGCGCCCGCCGCGCCGAGGGCUCCCCCCGCCAGCUCCGUCCCGCUUCUCCCCCGCCCAGGUGCCCCGGAGCGCGCCGGUGCCCGGCGGAGGAUGCUGCCCGCCGCCGCUCGCCCCGGUUCAUCUGUUGCUGCCUGAGCCAGCCCGAUGGAUGCGGCCGCCCCCGCGCCCUGCCCGCCCGCAGCCGCCCCGCUGGCCGCCGAGCCGGGAACCGCUCCGGAGCUCCGCGGCUGGUAAAAACCGAACCAAAACCAAAUCCGAACCAAAAAAACACACCCCCGCUUCGGCCGGGGCUGGAGAGGCGGCCGAGGACCAUGCAGCGCGUGCCCCGGCUCGGCGCUCCCGGCAGAGCCGCCUCCUAGAGCCGCCGGACUCGGGGCUCCCCCCGCCAGGACCCGAGCGGCUCCUCCUUCCCCUCUCCCCUCCAGCCGGGCAAGGAGCCCGCCUUCGCACUCCUCUCCUUCUCGAGAUUUUGGGUUUUUUGUUGUGUGUUUAUUUUUUUUUUUGGGUGGAAACCACCCGUAACUCCGGGGGGGGGGCUGUAGGGGGACGGCCGGGAGGGGACCAUGGAAGAAAAGCUCCAGGCGCAUCAGGUGGAGAUCGACCCGGAUUUCGAGCCGCAGAGCCGGCCCCGCUCUUGCACUUGGCCUCUCCCCCACCCCGACUUGGCGGCGGAGGAGGAGGAUGGGGGCGCGGGGAGACCCCCGGCGCUGGCGGCCGGCAGGGACGGAGCCGAGAACGCGGCGGCCCCGGUGGAGCGCAGAGUCGCCGCCGCGCCCCCGCCGCCCCCCGGCGCGGAUGUGGGGCAGCUCCGCAAGGCCAAGACCUCCCGGCGCAACGCCUGGGGCAACCUUUCCUACGCCGACCUCAUCACCAAAGCCAUCGAGAGCUCGCCGGAGAAGCGCCUCACCCUCUCGCAAAUCUACGACUGGAUGGUGCGAUACGUUCCCUACUUUAAGGAUAAAGGAGACAGCAACAGCUCCGCCGGCUGGAAGAACUCCAUCCGGCACAACCUGUCCCUGCACACCCGCUUCAUCCGCGUGCAGAACGAGGGCACCGGCAAGAGCUCCUGGUGGAUGCUGAACCCCGAGGGCGGCAAGACGGGCAAGACGCCGCGGCGGCGGGCGGUGUCCAUGGACAACAACAGCAAGUUCCUGCGCAUCAAGGGCAAGGCCAGCAAGAAGAAGCAGCUGCAGGUGACGCAGGAGCGCGGGGAGGACAGCCCCUCCUCCCAGCAGCCCAAGUGGUCGGAGAGCCCUGCGUCCCACGCCAGCGAUGAGUACGACGCCUGGGCAGACUUCCGGACGCGCGCCAGCUCCACGGCCAGCACGCUGAGCGGGCGCCUCUCGCCCAUCAUGGCCAACCACGAGCCUGACGAGCUGGAGGAGGACGACGGCACCCCCUCCUCCCCGCUGAUGUACCCCAGCCCCUCCAGCACCAUGUCUCCUUCCCUCAGCGCCCGCUGCUCCGUGGAGCUGCCUCGGCUGACCGACCUGACCGGCACCAUCAGCCUGAACGAGAGCCUCGGGGAGAGCAUGCUGGAGGACCUGCAGGACGGCUACGCCAUGAGCCCGAGCCAGCAGCUCCCGCCGGCCGCCCUGCGGCAGCGCAGCUCCAGCUUCACCUUCAACUCCAAGUGCUCCAACAUGGGGGCUGCCGGCAACACCUACUGCGGGACCAUCUACAGCCAGCCGGCCAUGGGCCUCAUGCGCCGCCUGCCCAUGCAGACCAUCCAGGAGAACAAGCAGGCCACCUUCUCUCCCGUCAGCUCCUACAGGAACGCCUCGCUGCAGGACCUGCUCUCCUCCAUCUCCUACGCACACAAGGAGAGCAUGGUCCCGGGGGACCUGCCCCUGCCGCAGGCCAGCCCCAUGGUGCCGGCCCGUGGCCACAGACACAACCCGCUGCUGUGCGGGGGCGGGGAGCAGGGCCUGUCCUCCUACCCGUCCCACCCGGGCUCUCUCAUGAAGAGCGGCGCGUUGUACCACCCGUCACCAGCCGGCCACCACCCCGCGGUCAACACCAGUGCCUUAGCCAAUCCUGUCAGCCUUAUGAGCCUGCCCAGCGACUCGUGCAGCAUGGCGGCCGUGCCGCACCACGGGCACCUGCAUCCCUACACCAAUAACCAAGGGGCACACAUGAGCCUGCUGGAUUCACUGCAGGGCCCCUACCCGGGGGCCGUCCACCCCCCCGUGUUGGGCCAAGACAGGUUCCCAGCAGACCUGGACCUGGACAUGUUCAACGGGAGCCUGGAGUGCGACGUGGAGUCGAUUAUCCUGAAUGACUUUAUGGACAGCGACGAGAUGGACUUCAACUUCGACUCGGCCCUCCCGCCGCAGAACGGGCUCAACAUGCCCGCGCUGCCCGGGGGGCCACAGCCCACGAACCAGAGCUGGGUGCCUGGGUGAUGCCCGCCCCGGGGGGGGGCUGACCACCGGGAAGCCACGAGGGGAACAUUGAGACUAACUUUUUUUUUCCUUUCUCUUCUGCCUUUGUUUGUUAAGAUGGGCGAGAGCCGUCGGUCUGAGCUCGAGGUCGAACACGGAACACAAACCGGAGGGUCAAAUACUGAGAUGGAGGGGGAGGGCCCCCAGCCCCACGUGUGCCCCGUCUGCUGGGUCCUCCCAUGGGCAUCCUCCAAAGGACACAGGGCAGCUGAGUGGGAGAGGCAGCUGGAGCCAGACGGAUCCAGGGGGGUAGCAGGAAGGGAAGGCCUUUCCAGAUGGUCCCAGUGCCCCACUGUGAUGGUGCCAGUUUGAUUUGCCCUUGGGCUGGGUGACGGAGCGGUGACGGCUGGUGGUGUGAUCGUUUCCCAUGGGAAGGGACUGUUCGCUGAACCACCUUGGGAAAUGAGUCCUCUGGGUAGAAGUGUCAGGAGUGGGGACCCUGCCCCGGGGAGGGGUGGGGGGGGCUCGUCACCCCUCAGUCCUGGUGGAGGUCAGAGCUCUGCCAAGCCCACAUACCCAGGACACCUCCACAGGGAGUGUCCUUGUGUGGCCCCAGGCAGGUUUUCUUACCAAGCAGUGAGAGGGGUGGUGAUGGAGGGGAGGGUGUGCAGGCAGCAGCCCUGGGAACAGCAUCUGGGCAGCCCUCUCGCCUGCUGGGGGCUGGGGGUGCCCCAGGAAUGCUGCAGUCCCUGCCUGGGGCAGGCGUGGGCAGGGCCCGGGGGGGUCCUGCUGGGAGUGAUGUGGUGCUGGAAUGGGUCCCCUGUGCUGGAGGCUCAGGGGCAGCUCACAGGGUUGGGGAGGGGGCAUAUUUAUUUGAUUUCAUGCACUCUUUUGCCAUUGAGUUUUUGCAUUGGAAGGAAGAAAGGGUCGAGCUUAGGGACAGGAGAGAGAGGCCAUGGGCAGUGCUGGUGGCUGUGUCCCGUCACAGGGCUCAUCUUGGCUUGGCCAUGGCUUUGGGUGCUGGAUGAUGGGGUGAAAGCUGUGAU